AUGAGCUUGUCUAAACACACAACGUCACUUGCCUCGUCCAGACUCUCGGGUCCGGCCCAGCGCCCCGUAUUUCGGCCGCGUUCGAUCGGCCCCACACCAUCGUCGCCUUCGCCGGAAGUAGGAAUAGAGUUUUGCGAGCAGGACCAGGAGAGCCACUGCUCUGGACUCGCUAUACCUACCGAACUUUUGCGGGGAGAGGCUUGCCGAAGAAAGGACCCAAUCGAGGCGAGUGUCGCGGCUGGCUGGCGCUGA